AUGGGGAGGUCGCCGUGCUGCGACGGGGAGGCCGGCGUGAAGAAGGGCCCGUGGACGCCUGAGGAGGACAAGCUGCUGGUGGACUACAUCCAGGAGAAGGGACACGGCAGCUGGCGGCGACUUCCCAAGCUCGCCGGCCUCAACCGCUGCGGCAAGAGCUGCCGCCUCCGCUGGACAAACUACCUCCGCCCCGACAUCAAGCGCGGCCGCUUCACCGACGACGAGGAGAAGCUCAUCAUCCACCUCCACUCCAUCCUCGGCAACAAGUGGUCAUCCAUCGCGACGAAGCUGCCAGGCAGGACGGACAACGAGAUCAAGAACUACUGGAACACCCACCUGCGCAAGAAGCUGCUGGGCAUGGGCAUCGACCCCGUCACGCACCGCCCGCGCACCGACCUCAGCCUUCUCGCCGGGCUCCCUGGCCUCCUCGCCGCCGCCGGUAAUAACUUUGGCGGCGGGGCAGCCUGGGACAUGAACGCUCUCAGGCUCCAGGCCGACGCCGCAAAGUUCCAGCUGCUCCAGGGACUGGUACGCGCUCUCGCCACCGCUGCCGCGCCAGCGCCUGCGCCCACGGCCGCCGCCGGCAUGGACAACCUCAUGGCACUCCUCGCCGCGAGCGGCAACGGCGGGCAGAACGGCGGCGGCGUUGACCAGAGCCUGCUGCUCCAGCAGUGCCAGUGGGACGGCCUGCUCAACCUGCCGGCUCUCACGAGCUCUGCGCCAACGAGCAGCAUGCAGAUCAGCGGGCUGUUCAACAGCUUUGGCGCCAGCGCCGGUUGCGGCCAGUCGGGUGAUGGGCUGAGCUCGACGGAGCUCGGGGGCCACGGCGGGGCGAGCGGGAGCAACGUGACGGACGCGGUGGCGCCGCGCCAAAUGGUGGCGAUGGACCAAGAGUGCAACAAUAAUGCCGGAGGCGGCGGGGUGUCGUGCGAGGAGACGCCGGCGUCGAGCCCCUUCGACGGGCUGGACAGCCUGAACCUGAUGGUGGAUGACAUCAACACGGAUGGUAGUUGGAAGGAUUUGCUAGACCAAAUGUCAUGGUUGAACCCAACUGACCUGUGAUGACUAGCUAUAGAAGGAAAAUGAAGAAUGCACAAAUAAUGCAAAAGCACGGA